UUGCUCGGAUUUAAAUGAAGACACUUAAAAUGCAGUCGACAGCAGCUCUAAGCAUCAUGUGCAUCAUAUUUGGGAUCUUAUGUGAUGCCAAACAAGUGUUCUCACAACCCAAAUUGAUCCAAAGAAAGACUGACAAGACUCCUGAUGACGUGGCCUCCAACAUAAAGGAAGAUAUCCAGAAAGUCAUUGAUGAAAUCCACGCUCUGUCUGCUGAAAGCACAAUCACACGCAGCUUCAGCUCCUCAUACUCAGUCGGAGGUUUGGACUUGAAUGCAUAUUACCGUGCCGUGAGUGACUUGUACGCUGUCUUUCAACCUCUGCUGAGAGACAGAUUUAUAGACGACCUUCCCAAAACCUUCGUGUGUAUUCUGUCCGGCAGACAGGAUUGCGGCCUGGAGGCAGAGCUAACAAAGACAGUGUCUCUGGAGUUAGGAAAACCGCUGCUGAACCUUGUGUCGUCUCUGCGCUCAGAGACCUGCACCCCUCUGAAUCAUGAUGGAGGAUCACCCAGCUUCUUUAAUGCUUACCUCCGGGUCGGGGACUCUUCAUCAGCAGGAUUAGAUGGUUUUCAGAACAUGUUGAUUAAUAUACUGCAUAGUUUCCCGCUCUCUGAGAAUUUGAUGGGUGCUGUGAAAGGGAUCGCAGAUGCAGCUGUGACUUAUGUGUCAGGCUUCAUGGCAACUUUACUCCAAGCACCUAUGGACUAUAUCAGAAUAGCUCUGCAGUUUGGUAUCAGGAUACCGUCUUUAGAAGGGAAAGAGACCUGUGAUCAAGGAGAUCUCAAGCAGCUCAUUAUGUGGGGAAUUAACAACAAUGUGAGCUGGUCCUUUGGUGCCUCCAUCAUUGACAUCUUCCUGGAUAUCUUCCUGGCUCCUGAUCAGCCUUUGUGUCCAGGACCAGAAUGCACAAAUCCUUCUAGUGUCCCUUUCCAGCGCAGUACCUCCAAGGCAAAGGACGACACAGAUAUCCACCACGACAUCCUGCUAAAGUGUGAUCGCCACAAUCUGGCCAGGCUCAAUGAAACACUGUGUGCCGACAUCCUCACAGGCUCCAGGGUGGCAUCCUCAACAUCUGUGCCCAUCUUCUGCCGGGAACUGAGCGCUCUCAGUGCUGACCAGAUAGAGCAGGUGUGGAGCAACAUGUGUUAUGUAAUUCAAGCAUUGAUGUCACUGCUCCUUAGCAGGUCAUCUGACUGCACACAGCCUCCGCCUGCAUUCACCCCUCCCUCUGAGACUGCCCCCCCUCCUCAGGCUGCACCUCCUCGAAUAGCCAGAGAAGCCUUCAACCUCAAACUGCUGGCCUGUAACUACAACAGCUGGUUAGAAAACGAGGUGGUGGACGCCGUGCUUGUGUCGCUGUGCAGUGAUAACGAACGUGAGGAGUUUGUGAAGCAGGUGUGUGACAAUGCUCUGCUGAUGAGGAAACUGCUGACAGACCAGAUGAACAGCUGGCUGUAUGGGUACUGUGCUAACUCCUCUGCAGACUCAGGGUACCUGGUGAGUCAGUUCUGUGUCUAUGAGCAGUGGAUGGAGCAGCCUUCGGUCCCUGUGACCCCGCCCUUACUGGAGUUCUGCAUGAUUUUGGAUGGUGUCCGACUCACUGCACUCACCUGUGAGCACACUGGGUUCUUCAUGCUGAUAUUCUCCAACCCUGAAAAUGGACGGUUCAUGCCUAACUGCACCGCCAUGCCCUUUCGGCCACCUUUCCCUGAUGUGGAUUCAUUGAUGUCAGAGUCCUGCCGUUACUCAGAGUGGCAUGAUCUGACACAAAUUACCAUAGAUGUUUUGUCAGAGUGCAUCAGUUUAGAUCACAUUGGUUUCACCGAAGAAGUUUGCUCUAACAAAACUUUUCUAAACAGCCUCCUGCUCAAUGAGGAAAACGCCUGGCUUGAGGAUCACUGCGUCGCUUCUCUAAAUGCGGUACCUCCUGAGCCGACUCAGCCCUUCAGCAUCGCCAGCUGGUGUGACUACCACACGUGGGAGAACCGACAUGUUGACGACUCUGUGAUUGGCAUCUGUUGGCAGCACGAUCAGCUGGCUUUCCAGAAGAAUGUCUGCUGCAUAGCGUCAUUGUUUAAGAAGCUGUUAGAAAACCCUCAGAACGAAUGGCUGAAGUCUGUCUGCGAAGACAAGGAAAUGGAAGACAUUGCUGUGCAGCCACAGGUGUGCAAGUAUUCAGAGUGGACCCGCCCCAUCAUCGUUGACAUGACCGAGCUCGCUCUCUGUUCUGAGAGCGACCCACGUAACUUCACCUAUAAAGUCUGCUCCAAUGAAACAGUCCUCAAGAACCUACUGGCCAAUGAGGACAACACCUGGUUACUACAGCACUGUGCCAAUCAUACAGACUCAGGGGUCCCUCCUGGUGGAGACGGGAGUCAGGGAGGAGGCCUGCCUGGAUUCAACCCUGCAGGGCAGUGCCUGUACUCCAGCUGGAGCCUUUCUCUUCCUGACGUAGCUCUGCUCACCCUCUGCUGGGAGCACGAUCAGACCAACUUCAUCUCCUCUAUCUGCCCUGAUGCUGGGCUUCUCUUCCUGCUCUCCCAGGAGCCUUCCAGCAGCUGGGUGAGCAGCAUGUGUACCACCUACACCAACUACACAACCAACAACAACAACAACAACAGCUCCAGUCCAGAGCCUGACCUCUGUCUUGCCAGAGACCUGGUGAGUCGGUUCAACUGGAGCUGCUCAGUUGACCUCACCUCUGCAUGCCAGCCGGGGGCCAGCCAGAAUAUGGCCCUACAGAUGAUGGUGCGCUGCUGGGUGGAGAGUCUGAGGUCCAGGGUGGGGGAUCUGCUGGCUCCACCUGUGGCCACAGUGUUGGAGCAGGCAGUCAGCACCACCGUAGUGUUCCUGUUGGCUCUGGAGGAGGUCCAGAACAGCUCUCUGCAUGUCACAGAGAACAUAAGACUGAGUGUGUUGGCAUCUGUGGUUCGCUUUCUAGAGACGGAAAACAACUUUGACAAAAAGGGAGUCUUGCUGCAGUGCUUUGGGAGAGUGUUAACCAGCUUGAUGCAGACAGCAAGAGACGUGACCAGCGUUGAAUCCUCUGUCAUUAAGGAGUUCUUCAGUAUACCACUGAACAGACUGAGGUCAGUGCUGAGUACAGCUCACAGUACCACCGUCAGACUGAUCCUCCAGUAUUAUAGCAGAAACAAGGAUACCCUGCAGUUACCUGAUGGAUACCUGUCCACCAUGGUGUCAGUACUGUUCCAGACACACCUGGUAAAAGAUGGUAGUCUGUUCUCUGAGCUGGCUCCUCUGCUGGCUGCAGCUACACCUGCUGACAUCCAAGCUUUGCCUCCACUGCAGAACAACAUCAACGUAAGAGAGACCAUCAACAGGAACUUGGAGCACAUGACCCCGGAGCAGAGACGAGCUUUUGGUUUGUGGUACAGCAAAGUUAUGUCCCCCUCCGACAUCACUAAAGGUCAACAGUCACUCAUCAGGGACACCGGAAACCUGAUCGCUUACCUGCCCUUCCACAACUUCCAACACCUCUCACCUGCUCAGCUGUUGGACGGUCUGGACGUGCUGCAGAGAAACACGCUCACUCCUUUGAAGCAGAAAUGCAUCUCUCACAGCCUCAUGAGCAACUACAGGAACCUGACUGCUCAGGAUUUCACCAGGUUAGGUAAUCUGUCCUGCCAGGCAGACCCAGAGGACCUCCUUGUGUACAAAGACACUGAGGUCUUCAGCAUCAUCCAGGACAUCGUUCUGAACUGCACACGUGAGGGACUGAGUCUGCCCAGUCAGCUGGUCUCCAGUUUGUUACUGAACAGCACAGAACUAAAGAACCCGUCCUUGCUGAGCUCCGAUCGACUCGCAGAGCUCGCACAUCUCCUGCCCUCGCUUGGUGUUCCCUUUCUGCAGGGUCUCACACAGUCCCAGCUGCAACCCGUUCUACCAGCCCUCAGCUCGAUUUCAUUCAGCCCUGCACAGGCUUCCAUCAUCAUAGACAAGCUGUCAACAAGUAAUGCACUGACCUCAACAGAUCAGCUGCAGCGGAUCGGCUCCCUCAUCGUGGGUCUUAGGACUGAGGCAUUGUUGACCAUCACCUCUGACAGGCUGCUGUCAUCUCUGCCUGCCAUGAUGCUAUACACACCGGACCUCAGCCCACCGCAAGCUAAUGCUCUUGCCACCAAGCUCUGGGGCUUCCCUGAGGUGGUGGGCUGGUUGGACAUCGUCAAGCCGUUGCUCUACUGCACUCCUCUGCUCAGCAUUCUACCCAGGACCCAUCUGCUUGUAGACAAAAUCCCCACUGUGUCCACAAAGUCAUGGAACACACAGCAGGCCAAAGCUAUUGCCACAGAGAUGUUUGAUACUAGACCAGAACUCAUCAGCCUAGAUCUUCAGAAUCUAGGAACAGUUGGUCAGGGUGUGAGCUGUAAGGUCUUACAGGAACGUUUUCGGUUGGAUUCAUCCCCCUCUGCUGUGAGAAGAAUCCUGUUCCUCCUCAGACAGCAGCCCAGUCCUCUUCACACAGCACUGAAAAGGUGUGUGAUCGAGGAGCUGUACCACUUUGAGUUCUUCUCUGAGCUGCUGCAAGAUCUGGGAGCUGAGAUCGCUCUCUCCAUGCCGGUGAGCACCAUUAAGAAGUUUCCUACAGAUAUGUUGGACACCCUGAGGAGGAUGAUCAUUAACGACCCUCUUCACUUCCUCAUGCUGUCGAGAACCAAACAGGAGCUGCUGGUAGACAAAAUGGUUCAGAGGAAGGGCAUGUACACAGGGUUUUUUACUGAGGAGGAGUUUCGUUCUUUGGGCAUCAUGGCGACGUUUGUGGUGGAUGAAGUUUUCAUUCAGCUGGACCGCAGCUUCUUCACUGAGAGUCUGGAUUCCCUCCAGGAGCUCUGCUACAGCAGCAGCAAGAUGGACAUUGUGGCUCGCAUCCUGCAAGAUCCUGCAGCCUUUGGUCCAGUCAAAAACUGGAAUAAAACCACAAUUAAUCAGGUGGACCGCUUCCUCUUCUUCCUGCCUGAGGCUACACUGCAGGAGAUUUCUCUGGCACUAAUGACUGUGGGGGGUAUAGAGAAGCUGUUCAUGAGCCAGCAUCAGUGGGAACGCAGCGGUGUGGGGAUCCACUGUUUGGAUGAGAUCGAGAGGAGGAAAGUUUUUGAGAGGCAGCAGUUUGUUCUUCAGUUUUUCCUGGGCUUCCUCAAAAUAAAUCCUUUAUCACCGGCUCCAAUGGUUCCUACCUGUGAGAUCCUGCACACAACAGCUCCCUCUGUCUGGACCUCCAGCAGUCUAACUAGCAUGUCUCCAUCAGCCUUCUCCAACUGUCUGGAGCUGAUAGGUCAGGACCCGUUUCUCGCAUCCUACCAGCGCAGCCAGGUGCUGAAGAGAGUCAAACAGAUAUACGGUCCAGUUUCCACCUUCUCCCAGUCUGUGAUCGCUCAGCUGGGUGGGACAGCGACUGAGCUCUCCAUGGAAGAGCUGAGCAGCCUCAGACUGACUGAGCGAAGGAGCAUUGCUGCUAUGGGUGCUCUCAGUACCUGGAACAACAGACAGCUGGCUGUACUGUUUACCAUCAUCUUGAACUCCACAAAGCAAAGUCCCAGCCAGCUUGACUCCAGUACUCUGGUGGCUAUGGGACACAUCGUCUGUGGAGCUAAAACCACAGAGAUCAAUCUGUUCAAUGCUGUAGAGUUCAGUAAGGCGGUGCUCUGGCUGGGUCAGCUGAGGUUAGCAUGCUCUGAGGAGCAGCUGCUGGCGUUUGUCGGGCUGCUGAGUCACAGCCUCGCUUUUGGACCCAUGAGUCAAUGGGGAACUGAUGUGUUCAUUGAGAUAGGAGUUCUUGCAGCGGGUCUCCCGGACAUGGCCAUGUCAGCCCUGGUGAAAGAGCAAAUUGAAGGAAUCAAACCUGUGGCUAUCUCAUUGAUACCUGCUGAAAAGUUUGCUGUGGUGUUCAACCAGAGACACAUCAGCAUGUUCUUUUAUGAGCAGGCAUCUGCUGUGACCAAGGAGCAGCUGUCUGCCAUGUCAGAUGUUCAGAGGACAGCUCUUGCUCUGGUGCUGACACCCUGGGAGGCACGACCUGUGGACUUCAGAGGGAAGUCACUGGGGUUGGCUCUGAGCCACAGUCCUCUGUGUCUCAUUUCGGGACUGCUGAUUCUGCUGAUCAUCCUGCCGUGCCCUGUCCUGAUCUGCCCGGCAACAUGACCCUGCUCACCCCUGCUGGAUCAGGAGGCAUCAUCUAAAUAACUAAGCUCACAUUUAUCUGUGCAAUACCAAGAAGCACUUCAUGAUGUCUAUAUACUGUAUUUAAUAAGAUUGUAAUUUAUUUUGUGCAGCUAUCACUUUGAAACAUCAACAUUCAGCACUGAAGAAGCAAAAUGAACAGCACAUAAAGAAAAGCAAAGACCCAUCUAUCUAUCUAUCUAUCUAUCUAUCUAUCUAUCUAUCUAUCUAUCUAUCUAUCUAUCUAUCUAUCUAUCUAUCUAUCUAUCUAUCUAUCUAUCUAUCUAUCUAUCUAUCUAUCUAUCUAUCUAUCUGUCUGUUCGUCUGUAUGUCUUAAAACUGUACAAACCUGUCCUACUCCCAUAUAUCCUCCUCAGGGAUGUGACGCCAUACCCACAAAGGCAACCAAAUAUCAUUAUUAAAAAGCUUUUAUGAGAAAUAUACAAAGUUAUAUGUCUCUAUUCAAAGUUAUAUAUUUUCUUGAAAUGACACUAUUUUUGAAAAAUGAAAUUCUCUAAAUGUUUGCUAUAUUUAUAUUUAUGUUUUGAGUUUGAAUUAUAAGAUAAAAGGUACAAACUGCUCAUAAAGACCUGAUUAUAUUACUAUUGGUCAUCUGCAGCCUAUUUUUGCUGUGCGUUUUGUAUUGUUGUGCACACUUUUUGGUGUAAUAAAUAUAAUCCUAUGUUACUAAAUUGAA